AUGGAGCAUCAACAUAUUGCAAAGAAAGGAAAAGGACUUAUAUCAUCUUUCUUUAAGAAACGUGAUCGUCAAGAUACUCAAGACAAUGGAGAUAGCUUGGAACCUUCAAAUUCAACCAUGGCCGCUGGAAAUCAAACUAAUCAAUCUCAUUCACUUGAAUCACCUCCUAUGGAGCAAAAUUCAGUUACAUGUAUUGAGCGUGAUCCGGGUAAAAGGAAACAAUUGUGUGAAUAUUCUGUUAAUGCACGAGAUGAUAUAAGACGUGCAUAUCUAAAAGCUGGGCCUUAUCAACCGAAAAUGGAAGCGUAUCCUGUUACAAAGUUUGGCACUCAAAAUCGUAGCUUUCAGAAGAGAUGGUUUGAUAAGUUUCAUUGGCUGGAGUAUUCGCUUUCCACAAAUAAGGCAUAUUGUUUCUAUUGCUUUCUUUUCAUCAGUGAAGUUAAUCUGCCUGGCUCUUCUGCAUUAGUCAAGGAAGGAUUUGACAAUUGGAAAAGAAUAAAUCAAGGAAAAAAUUGUGCAUUCCUUACUCAUGUUGGUUCUGCAGCUACAUCACCACAUACUAUGUGCUUAAGACGUGCAGAAGAUUUGAUGAGACCAGUUGGGCAUAUAGACAAAGUGAUGCAUUCUCAAACGAUUAUUGAGAAGGAGAGGAAUCGACUGCGCUUGAAGACCUCGAUCACAAGCCUCCGAUGGCUUGCACUUCAAGGUUGUGCUUUUAGAGGUCAUGAUGAGUCUUCAUCUUCAUCGAAUCGUGGGAAUUUUAUUGAAUUGGUGAAGGCUUUUGCAAAUAUGAAUAAGGAGGUAAAUGAAGUUGUUCUUGAUAAUGCUCCGAAAAAUGCCCAAUAUAUUGCUCCAGAAAUUCAAAAAGAGCUUUUGAAUAUUAUGGCCAACAGAGUACGUCAAAUGAUUCGUGAAGAAGUUGGAGAUAAAUAUUUUUGUAUUCUUGUUGAUGAAGCACAAGAUAUCUCCAAGCAAGAGCAAAUGGCCAUUAUCUUGAGGUUUGUCAAUGAUCAUGGAAUUUUAACUGAACGCUUUUUUGCAAUUAAAAGUGUUAGUGACACCACUUCAUUAACUUUGAAAAAAGAGAUAUGUCGUGUUAUUUCUCAUCAUGAUCUACAUGUUGAGAAAAUGAGAGGUCAGGGAUAUGAUGGUGCUAGUAAUAUGCGUGGUUCAUGGAAUGGACUUCAGGCUUUAUUUCUUAGAGAUUGCCCAUAUGCCUAUUAUAUCCAUUGUUUUGCGCAUCGACUGCAAUUGGCAAUAGUUUCUGCAGCUAAAGAUAUUGGUGUUGUUUGGGAGUUCAUUUCUCACUUAGAUAAUGUUGUUAACAUUAUAACUUCUUCACCAAAGCGUGUCUCUCAACUACACGCUGCUCAAAGAAAUGAAAUUCAGAGUUUAUUGGCUGCAGAAGAGCUUGUUUCUGGAAGUGGUGCCAAUCAAAUUGGUAAUUUGCAGCGAGCUGGAGCUACUCGUUGGAGUUCACACUAUAACUCCGUGAGGAGUUUGAUAGGUAUGUAUCCUGCAACUUGUAAGGUGUUUGAAUGUCUCAUUGAACAUUCUCAAAAUGGAAGAUCUAAGGCCGAAGUUCAAGGAGUUUACAAAAAUAUGGCAAGCUUUGAAUUUGUAUUCACAUUACACCUAAUGCAUAGGAUUAUGCGAGUUACUGAUUCUCUUUGUCAGAUUCUUCAAAGAAAAGUUCAAGAUAUUUUGGCUGCUAUUGCUUUUGUCUCUACUACUAAAACUAUUCUUCAAGAAUUGAGAGAAAGUGGUUGGGAAGAAUUUUUCGAAGAAGUUAAGGUCUUUUGCUUGAAGAAUGAUAUUGAUGUCCCCGAUUUGGGAUCUCCAUACAAGGUUGGUCGUUCUCGUGGGCAAACUACAAUUGAACAUCAUUAUCAUUUUGAUGUUUUCAAUGGAGCAAUAGAUUACAUCUUGAUGGAGUUGAAUACAAGGUUUAAUGAUGUGUCAGUUGAAUUGCUUUCUCUCAGUGUGGCCUUAGAUCCUAAAAAUUCUUUUGAAUCAUUCGACAGUGAUAAUAUUUGCAAGCUUGCAAGGAAAUUCUAUCCUGAAGAUUUCACUGAUCAAGAUAUUGUUUCAUUAGAAUAUGAGUUGAGACAUUAUAAGCACGAUGUGAUAGUGAUGCAAGAGUUUCAAGUUUCUACACUUGUUGAGUUGAGUCAACUACUUGCUAAGAGCGAAAGGUCGAAGGUCUAUGUUAUGUUAACUAGAUUGAUUCAUCUCAUUUUGACGCUGCCUGUUUCUACUGCUACAACUGAACGGGCAUUUUCUGCAAUGAAACAUGUGAAGACGGCACUUCGUAACAAGAUGGGGGAUGAUUUACUUGAAGAUUCAUUAAUGCUUUAUAUUGAGAGAGAUUUUGUUAAACAUAUAGAUAUAGACUCAGUUAUUGAUGAAUUUUAUGUAUUGAAAUCUCGCAGGGCACAACUUAUGUGA